AUGUUUCUAGGAGAAUCUUUGUUAAAGAUUUCCUCGAUUGCGUCAUUGACAAACUUUCUGAGUUUAGUUCUUCAUCCCAGACCUGUGGACCCACCAGAAAUAUUCGAAACCCCAAUCAGUAACACAUAUGACUACAUCGUGGUUGGAGCAGGGUCAGCAGGCAGUAUUGUUGCUACACGUUUAUCUGAAGAUGGUGCGAAUGUAUUACUAUUAGAAGCAGGAGGAACAGAUCUUGUUGAUGAAAGAACACAAAUACCUUUAAUGUGGUUUUUCCUUAAAGGCACUGCAACGGAUUGGGGAUAUUGGACAGUGCCUCAAAAGUUUUCACAUCGGGCAAUGAAAAAUGAGAAAAGUUAUUGGGCACGAGGAAAGAUGAUUGGGGGUUCAUCGGCAAUGAAUGCUAUGGGAUUUGUUCGAGGGAGUCGGUUCGACUUUGAACAAUGGGAACGUGAAGGUGCCACUGGCUGGGGAUACGAUAAAGUUUUGCCGUAUUUUAAGAAGCUUGAAAACGCAAAAUUAACGGAUUAUGGAAAUUGCGUCACUGAAUUUGCAUUUGAUGUACUGCAUGCAGUAAUAACAGAAAAUUAUAAAACUAUUAAUGAAGGUAUUGGUGUCACACAAUCAAAUAUCAAAAAUGGAACUCGUUGUAACUCCGGAAAUUGCUACUUGAGGCCUGCAUUGGAAAGACAAAACUUGCAAGUUAGUCUCCGAUCUCAUGUUACCAAGAUUCUUUUUCGCAAAAACAAAGCUGUAGGAGUAGAAUCUGUGAAAGAUAACAAAACAAUUAGAGUUUUUGCCAAAAAAGAAGUAAUUCUGUCGGCAGGUGUUAUUGGUUCAGCUCAGAUUCUUCUUUUAUCAGGAAUUGGACCAACCGAGCAUCUUCGACAAAUGAAUAUUAAUGUCAAAUCAAACUUACCAGUUGGAAAAAAUAUGCAGGACCAUCUUGAGUUUUUUCUCCAGUAUAAUAUAAAUAUGAGCUUAAAUACUAACAGUGAAAAUUUUGCAACACCAAGGCGAAUACUUAACUACGUAUUCAACAAGAAAGGUAUAUUUUCUGGAAGCGGUGGGGAUGUCGAUGUUUUUACACAUACAUGUAGGAAAAUGAACGAAGGUCCAAAUAUUCAACUUACAAUUAUUCCAACUGCUUACGAAAAAGGCGCAGUUGAAGAUCCAUUUCUAGAUCUAAAGGAAGAGGUAGUUAAAGAACAUCAGAAACGUGUUAACUCAAACAGUUUUCAAGUUAUUCUAUACAUCCUGAAACCAAAGAGUAAAGGAUAUAUGGAACUAGUAUCUACAAAUCCAAUGGAUUAUCCUUUAUUGGAUCCUAAUUAUUUAUCACACAAAGAUGACGUGAAAACAUUUAUAAAAGGUAUCCGUUUUACUCGUCGCCUAGAGAAAACUAGUGCUUGGAAAAGUAUCAAUGCAACUUACAUAAAACACGAUACACCAAAUCACUGCAGUGAAAUAGAGUAUGACUCUGAUGAUUAUUGGGAGUGUAUGCUUCGCCAUUUUACAAGAAGGGGAGAUCAUCAAAUGGGAACAUGUAGAAUGGGAUCAGUAAAUGAUCCCUCGUCGGUCGUGGAUCCUAGAUUGAGGGUCAAAGGAAUAUCUAGCCUUCGAGUAGUUGAUGCAUCAGUUAUGAGAACUUUAACCUCAGGGAAUAUCAAUGCACCUGUAAUGAUGAUCGCUGAAAAGGCGUCGGAUAUGAUUAAGCAAGAUAACAACAGAGUACACUAUCAGUACAAAUAG